AUGGCCGCGCCGGGGCCAGCGAUCAAGGUACGCGGGGGUCUCUUCUUGGCUGCCCGGCUUGGGAUGUCAUGUCUUCUCAACUGGACUUUGGCCGGGAGUUGCACAAAGAAAAUUCGCAUUUCUCAGCACACCUUUUCUUCUCUCCUGAAGCAAAAACCACCAAAGACUAGUCCGACAAAAUCUAGGGGUCCUAUGGCUGUUUCAAUGAGGGAGGUGGAUCCUGUUUUUCAAGGUGCAGGUCAAAAAGAUGGAUUGGAAAUAUGGCGGAUUGAAAAGUUACAGGCUGUUCCUGUUCCCAAGGAGUUGUAUGGGAAAUUUUUCACAGGAGAUUCCUAUAUAGUACUGAAGACAACUGCCCUUAAGAAUGGUUCUUUUCGGCAUGAUAUCCAUUAUUGGCUCGGCAAAGAUACCAGUCAGGAUGAAGCUGGUACAGCUGCAAUCAAGACUGUGGAACUCGAUGCUGCUCUUGGUGGAAGAGCUGUCCAAUACCGUGAAAUACAGGGAAAUGAGACUGAGAAAUUUCUUUCAUACUUUAAGCCGUGUAUUAUACCAGAGGAAGGUGGUGUUGCAUCUGGCUUCAGGCAUGCUGAAGUAAAUGAGCGGGAGCAUAAAACACGAUUAUUUGUCUGCAGAGGAAAGCAUACUGUUCAUGUUAAAGAGGUUCCUUUUGCACGAGCAUCACUCAACCAUGAUGACAUAUUUAUUUUAGAUACAAAAUCUAAGAUAUUCCAAUUCAAUGGAUCAAAUUCAAGUAUUCAGGAGAGGGCUAAAGCACUUGAGGUUGUGCAACAUCUUAAAGAUACCAACCAUGAUGGGAAAUGUGAAGUAGCGGCAGUUGAGGAUGGAAAGUUGAUGGCAGACGCUGAUGCUGGUGAAUUCUGGGGUCUCUUUGGCGGAUUUGCUCCUUUACCAAGAAAGACAUUUUCUGAAAUCAACGGGAAAGAUUCUACUUCCACUACAAAAUUGCUUUGUGUCAAUAAGGGCCAAUCAGCUCCUAUUGAUUGCGAAAUUCUGAAAAGAGAGCUAUUAGAUUCAACAAAAUGUUACCUACUAGAUUGUGGUUCAGAAAUUUAUGUCUGGAUGGGUAGAGAAACAACUCUUGAAGAAAGGAAACGAGGAGGCUCGGCUGCUGAGGAAUUACUACGUGAAGGAAACCGGCCAAAAUCUCAUAUUAUUCGGCUCAUGGAAGGAUUUGAGACUAUUACAUUCAAAUCAAAGUUUGAUAAAUGGCCCAAGAAAGCUGAUGCAGUUGUGUCGGAUGAAAGCAGAGGAAAAGUGGCAGCUCUUCUUAAGCGACAAGGAUUUAAUUUUAAGGGUCCAGCAAAAGCUGCUCCUGUAAAGCAAGAGCCUCAACCUCAGAUUGAUUGCACUGGCAAUUUACAGGUUUGGCGCGUGAAUGGCAGUGAUAAGACUUUCCUUUCGUUCUCUGAGCAAUGCAAGUUUUACAGUGGAGACUGCUAUAUCUUUCAAUACACCUACCCUGGAGACAAUGGAGAUGAAUGCCUUAUUGGUACCUGGUUUGGGAAGAAGAGUGUCCAGGAGGAAAGAAGUGCAGCCAUUUCACUAGCUGACAAGAUGAUUGAGUCUUUAAAAUUCCAGGCUGUUCUGGUUCGCGUCUAUGAAGGAAAGGAACCCAUUGAAUUUUUCCCAAUAUUUCAAAACUUGGUUAUAUACAAGGGAGGUACAAGUACUGGGUAUAAGAAAUUUGUCUCGGAAAAUGGCAUUGAAGAUGAUACCUAUUCAGAAAACGGGGUUGCACUUUUUCGAGUUCAGGGCUCAGGGCCAGAGAAUAUGCAAGCUAUUCAAGUUGACACGGCAGCAUCAUCGCUGAACUCUUCUUAUUGUUACAUACUGCAUGAUGGAGAUACAGUAUUUACAUGGAUCGGUAAUCUAAGCUCAUCAAUGGACCAAGAGCUUGCUGAGAGGCAGCUAGAUGUGAUCAAGCCAAAUUUGCAAUCCAGAAUGCUCAAAGAAGGAUCUGAAUAUGAUCAGUUUUGGAAGUUACUUGGAGUCAAGUCUGAGUAUGGCAGCCAGAAGAUUGUCAGAGAAAUAUUCAACUUCACUCAAGAUGAUUUGAUGACGGAGGAUAUAUUUAUUUUGGAUUGUCACUCAUGUGUCUUUGUAUGGGUUGGACAACGUGUGGACACAAAAAUACGAGCACAAGCUUUGAACAUUGGAGAGAAAUUUCUAGAACUUGACAUUCUAAUGGAGAAUGUAUCACGAGAAACACCACUUUAUGUCAUCACUGAAGGAAGUGAACCCCAAUAUUUCACCAGGUUCUUCAGUUGGGAUUCAGCAAAAUCAGCAAUGCAUGGUAACUCAUUUGAAAGGAGGCUAUCUAUAGUGAAGGAUGGAGUAAAACCAAGAGCAGAUAAACCAAAAAGAAGGCCAACAACAUCAACACACACUGGAAGGUCUAGUGUACCUGAUAAAUCUCAACGUUCCAGAAGUAUGUCAUUCAGUCCUGAUCGUGUAAGAGUCAGAGGAAGGUCGCCUGCUUUCAAUGCAUUGGCUGCUAACUUCGAGAACCCAAAUGCCCGAAACCUAUCAACUCCUCCACCAGUUGUUAGGAAACAACUUCCGAAGCCUGUAUCUCCUGAUUCUUCGAAGCCACCUCCAAGGACAGCUUCAAUCGCUGCAAUUUCUUCUACUUUUGAGCGACCUAAAGCAACUCUAAUACCAAAGUCAAUAAAAGCGAGCCCUGAUGCAAGCAAGCCCCAAAUUGAAGCGAGCAAACCUAAACUAGAGACGAACGCCAAGGAAAUUAACCCUACAAAGGACAGUCAAAUUGCAACUCCUACAGUAGAGGAAGAUGUAAAAGAGAGUCAGGCAGAGGGUCAAGCAGGGCUUCCUAUAUACCCAUAUGACUGCUUGAGGACAUCUUCCACCAAUCCCCCCACAGACAUUGAUGUUACCAAGCGAGAGACAUAUCUGUCUUCGUCGGAGUUCAGAGAAAAGUUUGGGAUGACAAAGGAGGCAUUUGGGAAGCUACCAAAGUGGAAGCAGAACAGGCUCAAGAUUGCCCUUCAGCUGUUCUGA